AUGCCAUCUUUCAUAAUUCAAGAAGUUCUCGUCGAGAACAUCCCAGCCUUGUCUCAGCUGUGGUACACAGCGUUUAGCAUUCCCGUUAAUUUGCGCAUGUUCCCAGAUACCCCGGCCAUCAGAGAAUGGUGGGACAAGGCUAAUCGCCACGACCUUCUCCACAACCCAUACAGGACGUAUCUCAAAAUUGUCGAUCCCGGGCAGCCCGAUGCUCUGGUUGCAUAUGCGAAAUGGGACCUAGAUCCAUUGGCGAGUGGCGAGAAAUUUCCACCUUGGCAUGAUGAGUCGGAUCAAGAGACUUGCGAGCAUCUGUAUACCGUUGGAUCUGAGAAUCGCGAAGCGUUUUUCGGUGAUCGAAAACACUACUAUUUGGAUAUGCUCGUUGUGCAUCCUGAGUGUCGUAGGCAAGGUGCUGCGUCAAUGUUGAUACAAUGGGGAUGUGAUCUUGCGGAUCAGAAUGCUAAGCCGGCUUAUUUAGAUGCUCAUGAGGAUGCAGCGCCUUUGUAUCGGAAGUUCGGCUUCAAGGAUCGUACAGAUCUGGGGGUUAGUUCUGAGGGGUCGAUCGCGAUGAUCAGGGAGGCUCAAUGUUGA